GCGUCGUUGGAACAUCCCCAUAUCAUGAAAUUCAUAAUUCCCUCCCUAUCCCUCCGCUCUUCGCGCAAUUGCUGUUACCCAGCACAAAAAUCUAUCAUGGCCUCCCCUCUCACCCAAACCCUAACCCUAUCCCAAACCCAAACCGGAAGCUUCCAUGCCGACCCAGCGCAAGACGACCUGGAUGAUAUCCCCUGCUCCGAACCGCAACAAGAACGACAAGAGCGACAACAGUUGCUUCUUUCUUCCUCCGAUUCGUUGCCGUUGGGAUUUGGCUCGCCGAGCCGGUGCUUGUCGGGAGAGUCCCUCGUCGAGCGGGCAUGGACUCACUGGGCCAAACUCGGUCGGCCCAAGUUGAUCGUGGCCCCAAUGGUCGAUAACUCCGAGCUACCGUUUCGAAUGCUCUGCCGGAAGUACGGAGCUGAGGCGGCGUACACGCCCAUGUUGCACUCUCGCAUUUUCACCGAGAACGAGAAGUAUCGUAAUCAGGAAUUCACCACUUGCAAGGAGGAUCGCCCAUUGUUUGUUCAAUUUUGUGCUAACGAUCCAGAAGUUUUAUUGGAGGCUGCAAUGAGAGUGGAACCUUUUUGUGAUUACGUUGACAUCAAUUUUGGUUGUCCUCAGCGUAUUGCUAGGAGGGGCAAUUAUGGAGCUUUCCUUAUGGAUAAUCUUCCCCUUGUAAAAUCUCUAGUGCAGAAGUUGGCUCUCAACCUUAAUGUUCCCGUGUCAUGCAAAAUCCGAGUAUUCCCAGAUUUGCAGGAUACAAUCAAGUAUGCUAGGAUGCUAGAGGAUGCAGGUUGCUCUCUUUUAGCUGUGCAUGGCCGAACCAGGGAUGAGAAAGAUGGAAAGAAAUUUCGGGCAGACUGGGAUGCUAUCAGGGCAGUAAAAAAUGCGGUUAGAAUCCCUGUUCUUGCAAAUGGGAACAUUCGGCACGUGGAUGAUGUUCAUACCUGUUUGGAAAAGACUGGUGCUGAUGGGGUGCUUUCUGCCGAGUCUCUCCUUGAGAAUCCAGCUCUUUUUGCUGGGUAUCGAACUGCUGAAUGGGUAGUGGGCAGUGAAGGAAGUGAGAGAGAUGGAAAACUGGACCAGACAGACCUGCUAGUGGAGUAUUUGAAGUUUUGUGAAAGAUAUCCUGUCCCGUGGAGAAUGAUUCGUGCUCAUGUGCACAGGAUGUUGGGAGACUGGUUCAGGAUGCAUCCACACGUCAGAGAGGAUCUCAACUCCCAAUCCAAACUGACAUUUGAAUUUCUUUAUAACAUGGUUGACCGUCUUAGGGAGCUGGGAACAAGAAUUCCACUUUAUCUGGAUGAUAAACAUGGAGAUAGAGUUCCAGCAGAUGGGCUGGUAUCCAGAGAUGUAUGAAGCGGAUUGUUGGGUUGAAGGUAUCCAAAAUUUUGGAUUUAUAGCAAAAUUUUUAACCGGUAAUCAGAUUGAUUGUUAACUUAAUGAUUUUUGUUAUUAUUUUUUCACAUUAAAGGUUUGCAUUUGUCGGCAUCUUAAUUGUUGCUGCUGACGGUAGUUGUUGACCAUCUAAUAUGCUGAGGAAUUUCAGUGUGUAUCUUAUCGGAGGGAGAAGUUCUUUCUAACUGAGGUCUUUUCUCAAUAUGAUUUAUUGUGCCAGUUUUUAAGGUA